AUGGAGUUCCUUCUCCGGUUCGUCCCUGAGACAGUAGCUCCCAACCUCAUCACCCUGGUGGCCUUUGCCAUAAUCGUCGUUUCCCACUUCGUUUUCAUGUUCUGGGGCGAGAACGACUACUCGAAGCCUGCUGAGCCCUGGAAGCUCGCUCUCUUCGGGAUAACCUUGUUCGUGUAUCAACAUCUGGACAACUUGGACGGCAAGCAGGCCCGCAAGACAAUUCGUGAAGGUGAUUCAGAGCUUGGACAUUUAGAUCAGCUUCUACGCACUUGUAGCCUUCAUCAUGAUUCCAAACUUCGUCGUGAUUUGGACUCAGUACGGCAUCGGAGCUUUCCACCUGGAUGUGAUAAACCCAAUCGACGAGGGUCUUCCCUGUUACCAGUUGAUCGGCCUCUUGGGUUUCUUCUUGAUUACUCUUUCUGGCAGGAGCAGCACAUCAUCGCUCCCUACAACUACGAGUUCCUGCUCUUCUUUUUGCUGGUGGUGGUGCUGGUCUGCUGGAAAAUGACGCGGAACGUGAUGAAGGAGACCAAAAGGGAAAGCAGGGACAUGUACAAUGCCCUCGCGAUGCCAGUUGUGCUCAUCGUGGUGGUUGCAGCUGUUAAGUUCUCUGGGCUUAGCCAAUACGUAUAUGGGGAACACUUCUACGCAUAUCUCUAUAUUUGGGUGUGCUUCUGGGGAAGGAACGAGAUCCACAUGCAAAUUUGCUCGGUGGCUAGUCAAAAAUUCAAAGUCUUCAACUGGUCGACCAUCUUCUUCCUCGCCAGCAUGGCCAUCCCCAUCCUCAUCCCCGCUGUUCGAGCCCACCUCUCCGCCUAUCUCUACGUCUGCUUGGCCAUUCAGUUCAUUUUCAUGAUCGAACUCUUCAUCUCUUUCCUGCGUCAGGCUGCCUCAAUCCUCAACAUUCGUCUCUUCCGCAUAAACCCGCCGCCCGCUGAGGCAAAGACCCAGUGA